AUGGCGUCCAAAGCUUUAAUGAAGCCAACCUUGAACUUUAAACAUGGUACCCUAAAGAACAAUGAAGCUCAAGUUCAGUUACAUUCUUUUGGUCAAGUUUGUUUCCCGGGAAAGAAUGGGUUUUCUUCGUCGAGAAAAUCUGCUGUCGUCUCAGUAGUAACAACGAAGACAGCAUCGCCAGCGACGGUGGUGGCAGUGCCUGUGAAAACUGGUUCGACGGUUUUGUUAUCCCAGAAAUGGAGAGAAAUCCAGGGGUUAAACAACUGGGAAAGCUUGGUGGAACCUUUGCAUCCUCUCCUUCGAAACGAGAUAAUCCGAUAUGGCGAGUUCGUUGCCGCUUGUUAUAAGGCUUUUGAUCUCGACUCGAACUCGAAACGUUACUUGAAUUGUAAGUAUGGCAAAAAGAACAUGUUGAAAGAAGUGGGAAUGGAUGAUUCUGGGUACGAAGUGACCAAGUACAUUUACGCCACCCCAGACGUCAACAUCCCAAUCCAGAACGACGCCGCACCUGGUCGUUGGAUUGGGUACGUAGCCGUUUCAUCGGACGAAGUGACGAAACAGUUAGGAAGAAGAGACAUGUUGGUUACGUUCAGAGGGACGGUGACGAACCACGAAUGGGUAGCCAACUUUAUGAGCUCACUAACCCCAGCACGCCUCGAUCCACUCCAUGAUCGCCCAGACGUGAAAGUAGAAUCCGGGUUUUUAAGCUUAUACACAUCGGAAGAAGCCGAGACCAAGUUUGGCCUUGAGAGUUGCCGGCAACAGCUAUUAUCCGAGGUUUCGAGGCUAAUAAACAAAUACAAAGGCGAAGAAUUAAGUAUCACUUUAGCUGGUCAUAGCAUGGGAAGUGCUUUAGCCCUACUAUUAGCCUAUGACAUAUCAGAGCUUGGGUUAAACAAAGCUGAUGAUCAUCGUAAAAUACCAGUCACAGUGUUCUCUUUCGGGGGACCAAGAGUUGGUAACUUGAGCUUCAAGCAAAGAUGUGAACAAUUAGGGGUUAAAGUAUUAAGAAUUGUGAAUGUCAAUGACCCCAUCACCAAGCUACCAGGUGUGUUAUUCAAUGAGAAUUUUAGGGGUUUCAUCGGCGGCAGCAGAUAUGAAUUCCCCUGGUUCGCUUGCUCCUGUUACGUCCACGUCGGGGUCGAAUUAGUCCUCGACUUUUUCAAUGUUCAAAACCCUUCAUGUGUUCAUGAUCUUGAAACCUACAUCAACUUACUCAAAUGGCCUCAAAGAUUAGGGAUUCAAAAAGAGGGUUUUGAUUGGAUGAACAAAGCUAGGGAUUUGCUUACAAGUGCUCAAAGCCUUAACAUCAAUUUGAUGCUAUGGAAAGAUGUUGCAAUCAACAUGGUAAACAUGGUUCAAUCUCAAAGAACAUAA